AUGUCGAACGUUCCUAGCAAUGUGGUCAAUUUGGGUAACGGUCCAAAGAAGUCUACCCCAACCUGUGCCCACGGGUACUUUGGUAUCGGCAAUGGCUUCAACAGCCCGUAUGGCUUCUGUGUCGAUGUCUUGGACGACGCGCAUGAUACACAUGCGUUGCAGAAACGCUUUGUGUCAUUUGCCAUUCCUUUCCAGUAUAGACUUUUGCGCAUGCACCUUUUCCCCCACGCCGUUUCCAAUAUUCCAUCUACACGCUCUGGCGCCCUUCACCCCUACUCCCGUCCUUCCAGUCGCUCCUCCCGUUGUUCCGUUCCAGCCCACUCCCAACCGCCCUCUUGCAGCUCAUCUCCCACUCCGCGAGACCUGCCAGGAAUGGAACCAGAGCCGACCAUUAGCGCUCUCCUCAAGGCUGUCACAGCCCUCACAGCCACAGUCGGGUCCCUGCAGGACCAAAUUCGCAACCAAGGCCAACAGCUCAUCGAGCUCAAGGCCAUAUGCAAGGAGACCGCCGACUUACUUGGCGACAAGGAUCAAGGAGGACCCCAAGUCCAAGCCCAGCCUGGCCCAUUGACUGGGCCUGUCACUCCCCCCACACACACAGGGGGAGAAGCGCACACUCCAGGAACGGUUAGGCCUGGACUCAAGGCUCCUUUCCGCCCAUCAAGAGGAACGGGCUUUGACUCAGAAGAAGAGGAGGAACCCAGGCGAGCUCCCAAAAAAGAACCUCGCGACACGCCUAAGCGGAGCCUCAGCUCCCUCACCCCAUUCGAUUCAGGGUCCAGCAUAAAGCGGCCCAAAAUGGAGCUCCCUGACCCAUAUAAAGGGGACUCCAGGGGAAGAAAGGCAACCCAGUGUCCUAGACGUCUGUAA